AUGAUGGACAGAGCUAGAUACAUCAACCAGAUGUUCGAGCUUUGGAUGUACGUGCCUGCUCAAGUCCCAGAUUUUGAUUGUUUGACCUACAUUCAGUUUGCAUACCCCUUGUACGUACAGAAGAUGCUUUACGAUUAUAUGAGUAGUGACCAACAAUGGUAUCAACGGUUUCACGAAAACUGUUUCACGUAUGCCAAUGUCCUUAUGCAACAAGCGGAGGAAAUGUUAAAGUACAGUAAUAUAUUGGACGACGAGAACAAGAAAGCAGCGUUACAUCAUGUUCUACAGGACAAGUUUGCCUUCUUCAAUCACAGCUUCUACGAAGACGCAAACUUCCAAGAAUACGCAGGUUCUGUCUCAGACAUUAACCCUCUCUCGUCUGUGCAUGUUAACAACCUGAGGCCGCUGGUUGCGUUCAAUUAUGACAAAAACGAAAAGUUGUGGAGUAUACCAACAAUAAUGGUAAUUAUUUUUGCAUUUACAGAAGUAUAG